GGCGCGGUAGCCGAGAGGAGAAGUGGGGUGGUGCUCGUGGCGGUAGCCGAAGAUCAGUGUGGGAGGCAGCCCCCCGGCGCCGCAGCCCCUGCACCGGCUGGACACGUCUGCAAGCGCCGCGCCGCUCCCCCCUCCACCGCCGCGGGCCUGGCGAGGAGGUGGGCGGCGGAGCGAAGCUGGCUGCGGAAAGAGGAGCGAGCAGCCGCCGCCGGAGGGGCCAACAGACCUGGAAGAAAGACUUUGCCUUGGAACUAACUCCUGAGCAUUUUGAGAUCAUUCAUCAUGAAGUACGUAGUAGAGGAAUGGCUCAGAGUAACCACCUUGCUAUUCCUAACUCAAGCAGUUUCUGCCAUGGUUCUUCCCAAUGCCACGCUCUUAGAGGAACUGUUGGAAAAGUACAUGGAUGAAGAUGGUGAGUGGUGGAUCGCCAAGCAGAGAGGGAAAAGGGCUAUCACAGACAGUGAUAUGCAGAGUAUCUUGGAUCUUCAUAAUAAAUUACGGGGUCAGGUGUAUCCACCAGCUUCCAAUAUGGAAUAUAUGACAUGGGACACAGAACUGGAGAGAUCUGCAGAGUCAUGGGCUGAAACCUGUCUCUGGGAGCACGGCCCUGCCAGCCUUCUUCCAUCAAUUGGACAGAAUCUGGGGGCACACUGGGGAAGGUACAGACCUCCAACAUUUCAUGUCCAAGCAUGGUAUGAUGAAGUGAGAGAUUUCACCUAUCCCCAUCCUCAUGAGUGCAACCCAUAUUGUCCUUACAAAUGCUCUGGUCCAGUUUGCACACAUUACACACAGGUGGUGUGGGCUACAAGUAGCAGAAUUGGUUGUGCCAUUAAUUUGUGUCAUAACAUGAACAUCUGGGGGCAGGUUUGGCCCAAAGCAGUCUAUCUGGUGUGCAAUUAUUCUCCUAAGGGUAACUGGUGGGGUCAUGCUCCUUACAAACCUGGCCGCCCUUGCUCCGCUUGUCCCCCUAGUUUUGGAGGAGGCUGCAGAGAAAAUCUUUGUUACAGAGAGGACUCAGAAAGACCUUACUCUCCCCAUGAACCAGAAGAAGAAACCAACGAGAUUGAACGGCAGCGAUCCAAAGCCCAGGACGCAGCGGCGCAAAGCCGGCCAAGAGCUCAUCCACCUUCUUCAGGCGCCACAGGCACUGAGGACAGUGAGAAAAAUGAAGUCAUAAGCACACAGCAAAUGUCUCAGAUUGUUUCAUGUGAAGUCAGGCUAAGGGAUCAGUGCAAAGGAACAACUUGCAAUAGGUAUGAAUGUCCUGCUGGCUGUUUGGAUAGCAAAGCCAAAGUUAUUGGAAGUGUACAUUAUGAAAUGCAAUCCAGUAUCUGUAAAGCUGCCAUACAUUAUGGCAUCCUGGACAAUGAAGGUGGCUGGGUGGAUGUCACUAGGCAAGGACGGAAGAAUUACUUCAUCAAGUCGUACAGAAAUGGCAUUCAGUCAAUCGGAAAAUACCAGUCUGCCAAUUCCUUCACUGUCUCUAAAGUGACAGUUCAAGCUAUCACCUGUGAAACGACAGUGGAGCAGCUGUGCCCAUUUCAGAAACCAGCCUCACACUGUCCAAGGGUGUAUUGUCCUCACAACUGUCUGCAAGCAAAUUCCCACUACGCUCGUGUCAUUGGAACCCAGAUUUACUCUGAUCUCUCCAGUAUCUGCCGGGCAGCCGUGCAUGCCGGUGUGGUCCCCAACCAGGGUGGCUAUGUUGAUGUCAUGCCAGUAGACAAGAGGAAAGUCUAUGUGGCCUCCUUUCAGAAUGGGAUAUCCUCAGAAAGUUUACAGAACCCUCCAGGCAGCAAGGCCUUCAGAGUGUUUGCUGUCGUGUGAGUCCAGCAGGUGACUUGUCCAGCAGUCAAAUGAAACCAGAGCACUUGGAAGAGAAGAAGAAGAAAGACCAUUUCCUAUCCUUCCUAAAAGUUGUAUAAAGCUGUAACAUUACUGUACAGAAGAUGUAUACUGCUUUCCACCAAAAAGUUUAGAUUACUUCUAUAUCUUAAUGACAAAAAACACCCAACCCAAAACCAACCUGUAAAAGUAAACAUGGGAGAACAAUGGAUUUGAAACUCUCCAAUGCUCCACAGCAGCGCUUGGAAUCCUGUGUUAAGUCUUGCUAUAUUUUCUUAGCAGUUACUCCUCUCCAGUUAAUUCCAAGCUCCUCAGUCUUCUUUGUUUUCUUUAUCUGAAUAUAUUAUGGUGCUUUCUGUAUGCCACUAACAGUAACCUUCACAACUGUACCAGAGGGAGGCCUGAGGGGUUUAUUUCCACUGUACAGCAAAGGAGACAUCGCAGUGAUUCAGUAUUGUAAAUCAUGCCUUCAGGUGAGCCAAAAGUAUCUAACUGGGGGUUUACAGCAGCAUUGUCCACACAAGCACAAAGGAAGAGUUGGGCUGGUUUCAGUUUCACACUUUGAAAGCAAAGGGGAGAUAGAAAAUACAGGGGAGUCCUGGCUUAUCUCAGCAUGUUUGAGACUGGGCCAUUUGUGUUUAUUUCUGAAAUAUGUGGCCAAAAAGUU